AUGACCACCUGGGUUCUAGCGAUCUUAAUAUUUGCAUUGUUGGCCACCCCAGGUCUGGCCGUUUCUGGUAUGGACCCUGAGUCCAUGGACCUGACAAAGGACCAUGUGCAUGAGGGAGAGUGGCCCUGGCAGGAGCUGACCCAGAAAGACCUCCAGGAUGAUAUGCUGAUCGAAGGCUGGCAGGUGGGCAUCACCUGUUCGCCCUGUAAGAAGAUAAUACAGAAGCUGAAGGACAUGGUGGGAGACGAUCCCACUGAUGAUUCCAUCAACCAGGCACUGUCGCCACUGUGCAAUAAGUUGAAGCCGUUGAAAAGCUUAUGCACAAAAAUUGUGAAGAAGUACGUAAAACCCAUUGCUAAGGACCUCGCGGCAGGCAAGAGUGCCAGUGAUGUCUGUGUGGACAUUAAGAUGUGCAAGCCUUCUGAAGAAAGCGUGUGGAAGCUGGAUAGGUGA